UCGACACAAAAGACCCGGGGACUGGAGGUUAAGCGCGGAACUCAAAACAACAAUGGAAAUGACUCCUUCUAAAGCGACUCAAAACGGAAGAAAACCCAUAAAAAAAGAUAAUUUGUACGAUCUAAGGGCGUAAAGAAUGGGUGUAACACAGUUAUGGAAUAUCUUAGAGCCUGUUAAGAAAGAGGGAAGCUUAUGUUCGCUUCGUGGAAAACGAUUAUGCGUUGAUUUGAGUUGCUGGAUUUGUGAGGCACACGGCGCGAAAGGCCUCAAAACAAACGUUCUCAAACCUCAUCUGCGUAACCUGUUCUUUAGGAUUUGGCAGUUGACAAGAUGUGGAGUUAAGUUAGUGUUUGUUGUGGAUGGAGAGCCGCCUGAGUUAAAGUGGGAAGCGAUUAUAAAGCGAACUCAAGCGAGGUUUGGUUCGGCGGGGAAUGCGGUAGGGAGAGGAGCAAACAAAUAUCCGCGCAAGAAAGUCGGGCGGUCGAACUUCAAGAGAUGGGUCAACGAGUGUACAACAUUGAUCCACCUUCUUGGAAUACCAUAUGUAGAGAGUGCAGGGGAAGCCGAAGCACUGUGUGCGUGGCUGGACUACCAUGGGGUUGUGGAUGGCUGUAUCACAAAUGAUGGCGAUGCCUUUCUUUAUGGAGCUAGAACAGUGUACAAGGACUUGUGUAUAAGUGCUAAGGAAUGUACAUUGGAAUCAUUCUGCAUGGAAGAGAUUGUUUCCCAGUUAGGUCUGCGAAGGACAGAGCUGGUAGCACUAGCAGUGCUGUUGGGCUGUGACUACCUCCCUCAGGGAGUGCCUGGAGUGGGAAAGGAAAUGUCCCUGAAGCUUAUCCAGGAACUCAAAGGUGUUGAUCUGCUGAAAAGGUUUCAAGAAUGGAUAUGUCCCCAUUUGUGCAAUGCUGAACUUUCUAGUAUUGAGAAAAGUAUACAAAAGAAAGCCCUUAAAGUACCAGGAUUUCCAAAUCAAGAGGUUAUUAACGAAUUCAUGGCUCCCAAACUGAGCAAAAGCAAGAUUUCCAUACCUGACUCCUAUCGAUGUCCAGAUCUCAAGGAAUUGAAGGAGUUCUGUUUGAAGUUCAUGGAAUGGCCAGAAGAGUACACAACAGAAAAGGUGUUACCCCUUGUUACAUACUGGCAGAUAAACCCUCCCAAGUACAGCCUGGCGGGGCCUGAUGUCGUGCGACCCGAAAGGAUUAUAAAAUCUCGGACGCAGAACAAAGUGGAGUGCUACGAAGUUCAGUGGAUUAAUUGUGGGCUAGGCGAGAGUUGUGAGCCUACUUUCACAACAAUUGAAACAAGAGAGCUUGUACGAGCUGCUUACCCAGACGUAGCACAGCAGUUUGAGGACGCUGAACAGGAUCGGCGUCAAAAGAAGCCAGCGCGACAGAAGAAGAAGAAGCCUCCUAAGCCUGCAGACGCUGUAAGGCUGGUAGACGUGUGUUUGGGUGACUCUCUCGACGAAGUGUGUCUAAGUAUGGAUACGCUGUCGUUGAGCGAGGAACUUUCCAAUAAAGCGCCCGAAGACACUGCUGAAAUUACACACAAAGAGGAGAAAACUGUAAGUAGCAGAUUUAGACAUAUGAGUAAUGAGGGAUCCUCAAACUCUGUUAAGCAUUCAAUCAGCACCAAGAUUAGCAUGGAUCGAGAUGAUUCCAAGAAAAGUUCCAUGAAGCAUCCUGUGACGUCACCUAUCCAAUCACUACCUGCCGUUGAUUAUGGAAAAGACGAUGUGAAUAUGGCAUCAGAGUUUCUGAUGAAAGAGUUUCUAAAAAUUGGAUCCGCCGCUGCAGAUGACGUGAAAACGUCUCCCGAUUGUCAUGUCCAUCCGCUUUGCAAAAAAGUGAACGUCGCUGGAAUCAAGAAGAAUCCAGCGAAGGCCAAAUCAAAAGUAAAGGAGCGGUUUGGGAAAGAGAUAAUGAGCAAUUUUCAGGAGCUUGAAAACCUCAAUCCAAACUCAAACGAUGUCAUCACUGUUGUUGACUCAGAUUCAGAAGCAGACGAACGCCACGAUGAUUUGAGGCUAAAAAAAUACCAGGCAUCGGGCAAGAUUUCAGAAGUUGUAAACUACAGCCCUAGCAGAAAACACGAAAUGGCAGGACUAUCUGAGAUUGGUAGGCAACGUAUAGAAAGCAAUUUCGUGGAUACAGCGGAUUACUCAAGCAGUGAGCGCGAGGUAUCGGGCAAGAUACCAACAGUUGGCAACGACGUUCUAAAAAAACACGAAAUGGCGGGCGCGUCCGGAAUAAAGGAGAAACGCAAGGAGGGAAGAAUCAUGGCUUCUGUGGAUUUCACCAGCGAAGAAUCAAGCGAAGACGAGUCCUGGAUCGUUGACGGCAAAGACGCUCCUGCAAACAGAAUGAGAGAGACUAAUAGUGUCUCCUCUGGCGGCAAUAAACCACCAUCGCGGAAGAGAUUGUCACUAAAAAUAGAAGAAAAAAUCGAUGAAGAGAGUGACCACAGAACACCCUUCUAUUGGUCUUUAGCUACAGGAGAUGAAGUAUAUUCACACGAUCUCUCAUUGGUCAAAACCCCAGCUUCUCCACCAAUCGCAACCCAGGUCAUCAAUGAAGAAGAAAAAAACGAUAAAGAGAGUGGUCACAGAUCACCCUUCGAUUGGUCUUUAGCCACAGGCGAUAACGUAUAUACACACGAUUUCUCAUUGGUCAAAACCCCAGCUUCUCCACCAAUCACAGCCCAGGUCAUCAAUGAAGCGGACUCGCCUUUAGGCGAUGUGUUCGUUCCUCUUUCGCUUAGUGAACGUCUGGGGAAAAAUCUCAAAGGACGGGAGAGUGCUUUGAAGACCUUGCGCUCUAUCUCUGGGUAGAGAAAAUUAACCCAAAGUGUAACUUGAUUUUCCAAUUUUCAGAGGAAUUAAUAUAAUAACUGCGGUACAGGAAGCGGGCACACCCGAUCGUCGAUUGGCAGGCCCGACACGCCUUACCGUGGCAAUCAAUAAAGUUGGAAUAUUAGCCAAUUAGGAUACGAGAAUCACUGAACAAUUAUUGAUUAAAACGUCAUAACUGA